AUGGGAGAUGUCAAAGAACUCAAUAUGCAAAUAACGCCGGAAACUCCAGGAAGGAUCCGUUUAAAUCCUUUUGAAAGUCCUAGCGAUUAUUCUAAUCUCCAUGAACAAACACUUGCCAGUCCUUCUGUUUUUAAAUCCACAAAACUACCGACUCCAGGGGAAUUUAGAUGGUCUAUUGAUCAACUUGCUGUUAUAAAUCCUGUAGAAAUAGACCCAGAAGAGAUUCAUCGUCAAGCCUCGUACUUAAGUCAUUCUCGAAUAGAUAAAGAUGUGGAAGACAAAAGACAAAAAGCCAUUGAAGAGUUUUUCACUAAAGAUGUCAUCGUCCCCUCUCCUUGGACUGACCAUGACGGGAAACAGCUUUCAGAAUAUCAUUCCAAUAAAUGCAUUAAUAUAAAUAGUGACUCUCCAAUUGGAAAAAAGCUGACCAGUUCUUCUGAGAAAAGCAAUGCUGCUUGUCAGACAUUGCUGUCUCUUCCUGUGGAUUUUAAUUUAGAAAAUAUAUUAGGUGACUAUUUUAGAGCUGAUGAAUUUACAGAUCAAUCUCCUGGAAACCUCAGUUCUUCAUCUCUCAGAAGAAAGCUUUUUCUGGAUGGGAAUGGCAGCAUCUCUGACUCGUUACCUUCAACUUCCCCCAGAAGUCCUCCUAGCAAUGCUCAAGUGUCACUUGAGGUAUUUUAUUCGAUAGAUUUAUCUCCUGUGCAGUGUCGGAGCCCUGUGCAGACACCAGGCUCGGGACAGAUUUCUUCUAGCCCUAUUCAUGGUAGUGCAAAAAGAUACAGCUUGGGAAGCAUAACCAGUCCUUCACCCAUUUCUUCACCCACUUUCUCGCCAAUUGCACUUCAAAUAGGAAAGACACCACUCUCAGAGCAAAGGAAAUUUGCUUUUCAUUCUCCUGAUGCUUCAUCUGGAACAAAUUCUAAUGGAAUUACUAAUCCAUGUAUCAGAAGUCCUUAUAUAGAUGGCUGCUCACCAAUUAAAAAUUGCUCUCCUAUGAGACUUGAGACGUGUAGAGGCGCUACACAGUAUCAGACCUCACUGAUUCGGAUACCGUUUACCCUUGAGACUCACAGCGAAGAUGAGGAUAAAGAGAAUGUUCCCUCCACAGGUGUUGCAUCACCAGGCAUGGAUACUGCGGGAGUGCACCUUCAGCAGGUGAAGAGUGAAGCUGCUACACGUAGCGCACAUGUAGGUGUGACUGCCAUGUCCAUUACGCAAAGUCAGUACAGAGCUUCUGAGAGAGAGCUGGUGCUCUUGGAGGAUGUGGAGAGUGUGAAGGAGAAUGACACAGUGGACAUGGUGGAUCCCGUAGAAACGGCAGAUGAGAGCACUUGGAUUAAGGAGCCACUCGAUAAUGGGAAUUUACCCAUGAGUGAUUUUGUGAGUGGAAUUGCCUUCAGUAUUGAAAACUCUCAUAUGUGCAUGUCACCUCUUGCAGAAAGCAGUGUUCUUCCCUGUGAAAGCAGUAACGUUCAGAUGGACAGUGGCUAUAACACACAGACUUGUGGAAGCAAUAUUAUGGACACAGUUGGGACAGAAAGUUACUGCAAAGAAAGUGAUGUGCAAACCGCUGAAGUUGAGAUUAAAUCUCAAAUUUGUAAUUCAAAGCAAGAACCAACAACACAGAGGUGUUGGAUGAAAACAGCAAGCCCACCCCAGUUCAGCACUCCAUAGAAUCCCUCUCAUCAGAACCAAAGACUAUCACUGAACUUUUAUGCACAGAAUCAAUAAUAUGAUGGUGAUUGGGGAAAAAAGGUGCUUUAAGUAACAUGCUUAGUUUUUCUUUCCCUCCUUAAUGUGAAGAAUCAAGGGCUUGGCUUAGUGACAUAGGAACAACAGAAAAGCUCCUAAAGUGUCAAAUUGCUGAAUUACAAGUUUAUUUUUUAUCAAUAAAUGUUU